GCUUUCUUCUUUGACACAGAAGAAGAGAAAAACAAUGGCAGGAAGAAAACUUCUGUUGCUGUUGAAGCCAGUUGAUGCCUAUCAUGCUACCCAAUCGAUCCCGGCCUCUCUCUUCACUAAUCCUCGGGUUUUCCAUUAUCUUGAUAACAGAUGCAAGGUGCACAAGGAGGCCGUAGACUUUUGUCAGAAAAUUUUACAGAAAAAGUCAGUUGAUUGGCAACCCAUUUUUCGUAACGAUUUAUCGCAACCAAUUCGUAAUGUGGAUUUGGUUGUUACAGUUGGUGGUGAUGGGACUCUUUUGCAGGCCAGCCAUUUCAUGGAUGACUCAGUUCCAGUUAUUGGGGUAAAUUCUGAUCCUACUCAAGCUGAAGAGGUUGAAGAAUUCAGUAAUGAGUUUGAUGCUAAUAGAAGCACUGGCUACUUAUGUGCAGCAACCGUGAAAAACUUCGAACAAGUACUGGACAGCUUUCUAGAGGGUCAGACGGUUCCUUCUAAGUUGUCAAGGAUAUCAGUAUCUGUAAAUUCAAAAGUUCUGCCUACAUAUGCUCUUAAUGACAUUCUGAUUGCACACCCAUGUCCUGCAACACUUUCUCGGUUCUCAUUCAAAAUUAAAAGGGAUGACAAUACAUGUUCGCAAUUAGUUAACUGCCGAUCAAGUGGUCUCAGAGUCUCAACUGCUGCAGGAUCAACAGCUGCCAUGCUCUCAGCAGGAGGUUUUGCAAUGCCUAUUUUGUCUCAAGAUCUCCAAUAUAUGGUAAGAGAGCCUAUUGCAACUGGAGGAGCCAUUUCUGGCCUAAUGCACGGAUUAAUCAAGUCAGACCAGUCCAUCGAUGCUGCAUGGUUUUCUAAAGAGGGUUCGAUAUAUGUUGAUGGCUCUUAUGUUUUCUUUACAAUCCAAAGUGGCGAUACCAUUGAAAUAUCUUCUAAGGCCCCAGUUUUGCAAGUUGUUUUGCCUCCUCAUUUGUUAUCAUAAAACUCAAUGUACAGAGCUGGCAAAUGCUUAUCAAAAAGACCUCCAACAUUUUUGAACCAUGACUAAAUCAUCUUUCUUGUAAAUGCAGAAGGGACACAUAGAGAACGAUGUUCCUUUUCUUCAUAGUUAAUUCAAAUCUUUGAUUCUUUGAAAGCCACAAAUGUGAAUUUACCCUCAAGUACUUCAGAAUAACAUGUGGGGUUGGGUUGGAGACCUAAUGUGGACACCAUGUUUAGAGCAUUAUGAAUAUUAGUAGGCUGAAUUGGCAAGG